CAAACGACGACGAUAGCCCUUCAGUGGUAAAACGACGCCGACGACGAUCCCGUUGAACGAACAAUUUUGGCCGCCCUCUCAAUUCGAUUCCCUCGAUACUCUUCUGCCACGAUGCUCGCUCAACGUGUUGGCGUCGCCGCCCUUCGCCGAGGCGCGGCUAAGCCUAGCAGUGUCUUCUUCUCCCAGACACUGCCCAAGGUUGCCCUGACUGCCGGCAUCUCGACCACUCCCUCCCGUCCCGUCGCCAGCACCAAGCUCUCCCAGGAGGAAGGCCGCCAGCUCCUCGUCAACCAGCGCCUGAACCGCCCCGUGUCCCCCCACCUGGGCAUCUACAAGAUGGAGCAGACCUGGUUCGGCAGCUCUGCCUGGAACCGAAUCACCGGAUGCACCCUCUCGGCCACCAUGUACGCCUUCAUGGGCGCCUACCUCGUCGCCCCCGUCGUCGGCCUUCACCUCGAGACUGCCAGCGUCGCCGCUGCUUUCGGCGGUCUUCCUCUUGUCGUCAAGGGUGGUGUCAAGCUCGCUCUUGGCUUCCCCUUCGUGUACCACUUGAUCAACGGUUUCAAGCACCUUCUAUACGACAUGGGCAAGGGGUUCGCCAAGCCCACGAUCAAGAAGACUGACAACAUUCUCUGGGCUGCGAGCAUCCUCGGUGCCAUUGGUCUGGUUGCUUUCGUGUAAGAGAUGAAAAAGAAGGGAGGAAUAGAUUGGGCUAGCAACAGCAGUGGAUGAAAUACAUCAAGCCGUGAGGGAUUGAGAAGAGUACGGGAAAUGGGAGACGAGGUACUCGUGUAGAAGUAUGAAUGAGCCUGGGAGGGCAUUCCUGAUUUUGAGCAAAUCAAUUUUUACUAUAUGUACACCAACCCUCUUACCCAAAUGCCCUUUUGUGAGGUAUCCCGAAGCCUAAAACG